UAUCCCUACUUUCUUACGCUGAUGACUAUUGGUCAAGUGGCAGCUGUAGUCGCGUCGUUUAUUUUGAAUGCGAAAACAACUGGGUCGCCCAUAGCUACGAAUCCAUUCAACUACAUGAUUGGUCCCACAUCUGGUACACUUAUGAUCAUGGGUGCAAGAUUCAUCCCAUGCAUGAAGCAAGGAACUGGCUUUGACACACCUAAUCUCCAAAUAGCAUGUCCCGCAGGAAUUUACGGCUCGAUCAACAAUAAUACAUACUGUACUUUAUUAGACCUAUGCCAAUGGGGCGGAUUUCCAUCUGGUCAUCCCGAUCAGUGGUUUCGUUUUUUUGUUCCUAUUAUGCUCCAUGGUGGAAUUGUACAUAUCUUGUUUAACAUGUCGUUUCAGUUACAGACUGGCUUGCAGCUGGAAAAAGAUAUGGGUUGGUGGCGAAUGGCUUUGAUUUAUAUUGGAUCCGGUGUUGGCGGUUUUGUAUUUGGCGCUAGUUUAAGCGAUGUUCGGGUUCCAAGUGUCGGUGCAUCUGGAUCUUUGUAUGGCAUGGUGGCUUGUCUGUUAUUAGAUCUCAUUCAAAACUGGAGUUUAAUUAAACGUCCCUGGAUCGAACUGUUAAAAAUGGUUGGCAAUAUUAUAUUUUCCCUUCUCCUUGGUAUGCUGCCGUACAUUGAUAAUUUGGCGCACGUGGGCGGGUUCAUUACUGGAAUAUGUCUGGGAAUUUUAUUUAUGCCCAAGAUUUAUUUUGGGAAAUGGGAUAAAAGACGCAAGUUUGCAUUAAUGGUAGCUGCUUUGCCUGCGCUGAUUGUCUUUUUUGUUGUCAUGACCAAAUCGUUUUACGAUGGAAGCAAUAACUGUACAUGGUGCAAGUAUUUUAAUUGCCUUCCC